UGGAUCAAGGAAGGCUGUGAGGGUCUCAACUGUGCAAUCUCUUAUCUCUGCAGUAGCCCUUCUUGAUGAUAUGAGAGCUAAUCUAGAAGAAUCCCCACACCAUAGGCGUCAUACCUUUUUUCCAAGGCUGGAUCUCUAUGCAUUUUUGUGAUCGUUGAAAAUAAAACCCAAGAAACCCGUGGGCUGCCCGGAAUAACAGCGGACAUGACUGCGAUGGGAAAAUUAAAGCAUAUUCUGCUUAUUUUCGCUGGUCUGAUUACUGCAAUUCACGGGCAAACUUGUGGUGGCUUGGUACAAGGCCUCAAUGGAACAAUAGAGAGUCCUGGCUUUCCUCAUGGGUACCCCAACUAUGCCAACUGUACCUGGAUCAUUGUCACAGGGGAGCGCAACAGGAUACAGCUCUCAUUUCACACCUUUGCACUGGAGGAGGACUUUGACAUUGUCUCCAUCUACGAUGGGCAACCUCAGCCAGGAAACCUGAAAAUGAGAUUAUCUGGCUUCAUGUUGCCAUCACCUAUCGUGAGCACAGGUUCAAUUCUGGCAUUAUGGUUCACCACUGAUUUUGCAGUAAGUGCCCAAGGAUUUAAAGCAAUCUAUGAAGUGCUACCAAGUCACACGUGUGGUAAUCCAGGGUUGAUACCAAAAGGGAUUAUCCAUGGGUCACGGUACAACAUUGGUGACAAAAUCCGUUACAGCUGUGUGAUGGGAUAUAUCCUAGAGGGCCAUGCUGUGCUCACAUGUAUUGUGAGUCCAGGGAGCGGGGCAUCAUGGGAUUUCCCAGCACCAUUUUGCAGAGCUGAAGGAGCAUGUGGUGGGACCUUGAGGGGGACGACUGGAACAAUAUCUAGUCCGCAUUUCCCCUCUGAGUAUGAGAACAAUGCAGACUGCACAUGGAGCAUCCUUGCUGAACCAGGGGACACCAUUGCUCUGGUCUUUACUGAUUUCCAGCUGGAGGAUAGAUAUGACUUUUUGGAAAUCAGUGGCACAGAAGCCCCAUCCAUAUGGCUGACGGGUAUGAAUCUGCCUUCUCCUGUCAUCAGUAGUAAGAACUGGCUACGGUUGCAUUUCACAUCUGACAGCAACCACAGACGGAAAGGAUUUAGUGCCCAGUACCAAGUGAAAAAAGCAAUUGAGCUGAAGUCCAGGGGUGUCAAAAUGCUUCCAAGCAAAGACACAAACCAUAAAAAUGCCGUCUUGAGCCAAGGGGGGAUGGCAGCAGACAUUUGUCCAGAUCCUGGUAUUCCAGAGAAUGGGAAAAGGAUUGGUGCAGAUUUUCAGGUUGGUGCCAGCAUCCAGUUUUCCUGUGAUGACAGCUAUGUGCUUCAGGGAUCAAAGAGCAUCACUUGCCAGAGAGUGACAGAGACGCUCGCUGCCUGGAGUGACCACAGGCCUAUCUGCCGCACAAGAACAUGCGGCUCUAAUUUAAGAGGACCAAAGGGGUUCAUCACGUCUCCCAAUUACCCAGUACAGUAUGAAAACAAUGCCCACUGUGUCUGGGUAAUAACUUCAGCUGAUCCUGGCAAAGUCAUCAAGCUAUCUUUUGAGGAGUUUGAUCUUGAGAGAGGGUAUGACACCUUAACAGUAGGAGAUGGAGGAAAGAUUGGUGAUGCAAGGAGAGUGCUCUAUGUUCUCACAGGGUCUAGUGUUCCUGACUUGAUAGUCAGUAUGAGCAACCAGAUGUGGCUCCAUCUACAGUCUGAUGACACCAUUGGUUCCCAAGGUUUCAAGGCUAUCUAUGAAGAAAUUGACAAAGGAGGUUGUGGGGACCCUGGAAUUCCAGCGUAUGGAAAGCGAACAGGGACCCAUUUUUUGCAUGGAAACACGCUGACUUUUGAGUGUCUACCGGCUUUCGAAUUGGUUGGAGAGAGGACAAUUUCUUGCCAGCAGAAUAACCAGUGGUCUGGAAACAAACCCAGCUGUGUCUUCUCCUGCUUUUUCAAUUUCACCGCACCAUCAGGAAUCAUUCUUUCCCCCAACUACCCAGAUGAGUACGGGAACAACAUGAAUUGCGUGUGGCUGAUUAUUGCCGAACCAGGGAACCGGAUUCAUCUCAUCUUCAGCGACUUUGACGUGGAGCCCCAGUUUGAUUAUCUUAUUGUGAAGGAUGAUGGUAUGUCGGAGCCAACCACCUUUGGGACUUUCUCUGGCAAGGACGUCCCUUCACAGAUCGCCAGCAAUGGACACAUCAUGCGCCUGGAGUUUCAAUCCGAUCAUUCCAACACAGGAAGAGGAUUCAACAUAACAUACACAACAUUUGGUCAGAAUGAAUGCCAUGAUCCAGGCAUCCCCAUAAACGGCCAGAGGUUUGGUGACCACUUCCUUCUAGGAAGCUCUGUAUCAUUCACCUGUGAUGAGGGUUUCAUCAAAACACAUGGAUCUGAGGCAAUAACAUGCGUGAUCCAGGAUGGAAAUGUGGUUUGGAAUGCAGCUGUCCCUCGAUGUGAAGCUCCUUGUGGUGGGCAUUUAACAGCUCCAAUGGGAAUUCUGCUUUCCCCUGGCUGGCCUGGAUAUUAUAAAGACUCCCUGAACUGUGAAUGGGUGAUUGAAGCAAGAAAGGAUCAUGCCAUAAAGAUAACAUUUGACAGAUUUCAGACAGAGGUUAAUUAUGACACUUUGGAGAUUCGAGAUGGCCCUGUCAACUCUUCUCCAUUAAUUGGGGAAUACCAUGGAACUCAGGCACCGCGUUUUCUCAUUAGCACCAGUAAUUACAUGUACCUGCUAUUCACUACGGACAACAGUCGAUCCAGUGUGGGCUUCCAGAUUCGCUAUGAGAGCAUUAUGAUGGAAACGGAUUCCUGUUUAGACCCAGGUAUUCCAGUCAAUGGGAAACGACAUGGAAACAACUUUUCCAUUGGGUCCAAAGUGACAUUCAGCUGUGAUCAAGGCUACACACUGAGCGAUGAGGAGCCAAUUGUGUGUGAGAGAAGCCAUCAGUGGAACCAUGCCUUACCCAGCUGUGAUGCUUUAUGUGGAGGGUAUGUCUAUGGCAAAACUGGCACCAUUCUAUCACCUGGUUUCCCCGAUUUCUACCCAAACUCACUGAACUGCACUUGGACAAUUGAGGUGUCACAUGGAAAAGGGGUGCAUUUGGUGUUCCACACCUUCCACCUGGAGGACUCCCAUGACUACCUGCUCAUCACAGAGGGUGGGAGCUUUAUGGAACCGGUGGCCCGGCUCACAGGCUCAGUCCUGCCGCCCUCAAUCAAAGCAGGGCUCUUUGGGAACUUCAGUGCCCAGCUGCGCUUCAUCUCAGAUUUUUCCAUGUCAUAUGAAGGCUUCAAUAUCACUUUCUCAGAGUACAAUCUUGAGCCCUGUGAGGAUCCAGGAGUGCCUGCCUACAGUCGUCGCAUUGGUUUCCAGUUUGGGGUCGGGGACUCGCUGAUUUUUUCGUGUUUCCCCGGUUACCGGCUGGAGGGUGACAACAAGAUUACUUGCUUGGGCGGUGGUCGGCGGGUCUGGAGUGCAGCCCUGCCAAGGUGUGUGGCUGAAUGUGGAGCCUCCUCUGUUGGGAUAGAGGGAAUUCUUCUGUCUCCCAAUUACCCGGCCAACUAUGACAAUAAUCAUGAGUGUAUUUACCGCAUUGAGACUGAGAGGGGAAAGGGCAUUCGCAUUACUGCCACAACAUUCCAGCUACAUGAAGGAGAUUACCUGAAGAUCUAUGAUGGGAUGGAUAAUUUGUCUCGACUCCUUGGUAAUUUCACAAAAAAUGACAUGUACAACGUCGUCAUCAACAGUACUUCAAACCACCUGUGGAUUGAAUUCAACAGCAAUGGGACGGGCACCAACAAGGGAUUCAGGCUUGCCUACACCAGUUUUGAUCUUGUUAAAUGUGAAGAGCCAGGGACUCCUAAUUAUGGAUACAAGAUUCAAGAUGAUGGCCAUUUUGCUAACACAUUUGUGCUGUACAGUUGUAACCCUGGCUACACUCUCCAUGGAAGCAGUACUUUAACAUGCCUCAGCGGAGAUCGCAGGGUGUGGGAUAAACCAUUACCUUCAUGUGUUGCUGAGUGUGGAGACCACAUCCGUGGAGCCACAUCUGGGCGCAUAUUAUCACCAGGGUACCCAGCACCCUACGAUAACAACCUGCACUGUACAUGGUCCAUUGAGGCUGAUACAGGCAAGACCAUCAGCCUACACUUUAUUGUGUUUGAUACAGAGGUUGCCCAUGAUAUCCUGAAAGUUUGGGAUGGUCCAAUGGAAGGGGGCAUCCUUCUAAAAGAAUGGAGUGGAUCUUCUUUACCCGAAGACACGCACAGCACCUUCAACAUUUUAACCCUUCAGUUUGACAGUGAUUACUUUAUCAGCAAGUCUGGCUUCUCCAUUCAGUUCUCAACUACAACCGCCACUACCUGUAAUGACCCUGGGACUCCACAGAAUGGAACGCGUUACGGGGACAGCCGAGAGCCUGGAGACACUAUCACCUUCAUGUGUGAUCCUGGCUACCAGAUACAAGGAGUGGCCAAAAUCACCUGUGUGCAGCUCAACAACAGGUUCUUUUGGCAACCUGACCCUCCGACAUGCAUAGCUACCUGCGGUGGUAAUGUGACAGGCCCUGCUGGGGUAAUUCUAUCACCCAACUAUCCACAGCCCUACCCACCUGGAAAGGAGUGUGAUUGGAGGAUCAAAGUCAGCCCAGACUUUGUCAUUGCCCUAAUUUUUAAAAGUUUCAACAUGGAGCCCAGUUAUGACUUCCUACACAUAUAUGAAGGCGAAGACUCCAAUGGACCACUAAUAAGCAGCCUUCAAGGGAACCAGGCCCCAGAUCGCAUUGAAAGCAGUGGAAACAGCCUGUUCCUAGCUUUCCGCAGUGAUGCCUCCCUUGGUCUGUCUGGAUUUGCAAUUGAAUACAAAGAAAAACCUCGAGAGGCUUGCUUUGACCCCGGGAAUAUAAUGAACGGGACCCGUCUUGGGAUGGACUUCAAAUUGGGUUCGACUGUAACCUAUCACUGUGACUCUGGGUACACCACUGUGGGUCCAGCAACUCUCACAUGCAUCAUUGGCGCUGAUGGGAAACCUGUAUGGGACAAGGCCCUCCCCACAUGUAAAGCACCAUGUGGAGGACACUACACUGGAUCUGAGGGAGUGGUGUUGUCUCCAAAUUAUCCACACAAUUACACUGCCGGGCAAACCUGCUCCUACUUCAUCACUGUAUCUGCAGAAUUUGUGGUGUUUGGGCAAUUUGCCUAUUUUCAGACAGCAAUGAAUGACUCUGUGGAGCUGUUUGAUGGGGCCAACCAGAAUGCCAGGCUGCUCAGCUCCCUUGCUGGAUCUCAUUCAGGAGAGACCUUGCCUUUGGCCACUUCAAACCAAAUUAUGCUGAGAUUCACCGCAAAGAGUGGCCCAACUGCAAGGGGUUUCCACUUUGUUUACCAAGCUGUUCCUCGCACGAGUGACACCCAGUGCAGCUCUGUUCCUGAGCCAAGAUACGGGCGACGAAUUGGGUCAGAGUUCUCUGCUGGGUCCAUAGUCCGAUUCGAAUGCAACCCUGGCUACCUGCUGCAGGGAUCCAAAGCAGUCAAGUGCCAUGCGGUCCCCAAUGCUCUGGCCCAGUGGAAUGAUACCAUUCCUGUUUGUACAGUUCCAUGCAGUGGGAAUUUGACAGAAAGGAGAGGAACCAUCCUCUCCCCAGGGUUCCCAGAGCCUUAUGGGAAUAGCCUGAAUUGUGUUUGGAGGAUUAUUGUCACAGAAGGAGCUGGGAUCCAGAUCCAAGUUAUGAGCUUUGCUACAGAGCACAACUGGGAUUCCUUAGAAAUCUAUGAUGGUGGAGACAUGACAGCUCCAAAACUAGGAAGCUUUUCAGGUACCACGGCUCCAGCUUUGCUCAACAGCACCUCCAACCAGCUAUACCUGCAUUUUCAUACAGAUAUCAGCGUUGUUGCUGCUGGAUUUCACUUAGAAUACAAAACGGUUGGUCUCACCACCUGCCCAGAGCCACUAGUGCCUAGCAAUGGAAUAAAAACAGGGGACCGCUACAUGGUGAACGAGGUGGUGUCAUUCAGCUGUGAGCCAGGAUAUGUGCUGCAGGGGCACUCCCAUAUCUCCUGCAUGCCUGGGACUGUGCGUCGCUGGAACUAUCCGCCUCCUUUGUGCAUCGCUCAGUGUGGUGGAACCCUCUAUGAUCUCAGCAAUGUCAUCCUAAGCCCUGGAUUUCCUGGAAACUACCCUGGUAAUCUGGACUGCACCUGGAAAGUCUUGCUGCCUGUUGGAUACGGUGCUCACAUCCAGUUUCUCAAUUUCUCUACGGAGGACAACCAUGAUUUUUUAGAGGUGCGCAAUGGACCACACCACACCAGCUCCUUGAUUGGCCAGUUCAGCGGAAGCCAGCUGCCACCAUUGCUGCUAAGCACAACACAUGAAACAGUGAUUCACUUUUACAGCGACCAUUCUGAAAACAGGCAGGGGUUUAAACUGUCCUACCAAGCAUAUGAAUUGCAAAAUUGUCAAGACCCCUCACCAUUCCACAAUGGAUACAUCAUUAACAACGAGUACAGCGCAGGCCAGUCAAUAACCUUUGAAUGCUUCCCUGGCUAUGUUCUAAUUGGACACCCUGUUCUCACAUGUCAACAUGGAAUCAACAGAAAAUGGAACCAUCCCUUUCCCCGGUGUGAGGCUCCAUGUGGCUACAAUGUAUCUGCUCAGAAUGGAACAAUAUAUUCUCCUGAGUAUCCCAAUGAGUACCCCAACUCUCAGGAUUGCACUUGGCUCAUCACAGUACCCCAUGGUCAUGGCAUUUAUAUCAACUUCACCCUGCUCCAGACAGAGCCUGUCACAGACUACAUUGCUGUGUGGGAUGGACCAGAGCAAUCCUACCCACAGCUCGGAGUUUUUAGUGGCAAUACAGCUUUGGAGUCAGCCUACAGCUCCUUCAAUCAGGUUCUGAUAAAAUUUCACAGUGAUUUCUCCACGAGUGGAUUCUUUGUCCUCAAUUUUCACGCUUACCGCCUGAAGAAAUGUGCUACACCCCCUACAGUUGAAGAAGCAGAGUUUAUUUCCGAGGAUCAAGACUAUGAAAUAGGAGACAUUGUGAAGUAUCGGUGCCUCCCAGGGUUCACACUCGUAGGAAAUGAAGAACUCACCUGCAGACUGAACUCCCACCUGCAAUUUGAAGGUCCAGCUCCUUCCUGUGAGGCCCAGUGCCCUGCAAAUGAAGAAAGGACUGCAUCAUCUGGAGUGAUUCUCAGUCCCGGCUACCCAAAAAACUAUCCCAACUCCCAGACAUGUUCCUGGGCCAUUAAAGUACAGACCCCUUACACCAUCUCUAUCUAUGUAGAGAUGUUUCAGAGUGAGAAGCAGUUUGAUGAACUGGAAAUCUUUGAUGGAUCCUCUGGUCAGAGCCCAUUGUUGGUGGCACUCAGCGGGAACCACUCCACACAACUUAAUUUCACAAGCAAGACGAACCAGUUGUACCUCAGAUGGUCCACCGAUCACGCAACCAGCAAGCGAGGAUUCAAAAUACGCUACACAGCUGCAUACUGUAGCAUAAACAACUCUCCUAGAAAUGGCAGAGUUCUCAACAGAACAGGGGAGCAGCAAGGAAGCACAUUGCAGUACGUCUGUAAUCGGGGCUACAGGAUUGUGGGCCAGAGUAAUGCAACAUGCAGAGUGCAUUCGAAUGGACUGUAUGAUUGGGACGUCCCAACUCCACUUUGUCAAGCUAUAUCAUGUGGAAUCCCUGACCCACCUGGCAAUGGUUCCUUCCAUGGUUUCCAAUACACAGUGGGUAGUAAAGUUAAUUACCAGUGCAAUGAGGGGUAUAGGAUGGAAACCAGUCACUCUUCCACUGCUGUCUGUCAAGAGGAUGGAUCCUGGAGCAACGCUGCACAUCCACCACGUUGCUUACCAAUACAGUGCCCCAGCAUUGAAACAGUGCUCUCAGAGCAUAUGGUGUGGCGUCUGAUCUCUGGGUCACUGAAUGAAUUCGGAGCUCAGAUAAUGCUAAGCUGCGCUCCGGGUUUUUACCUGGGAGGCAAGAGAAUCAUCAAGUGCUUGGCUAAUGGAACUUGGGAUGGCAUUGAGGAGAGAUCCACCUGCAAGAUCAUUUCUUGUGGGGACCUGCCCUCUCCUCCUAAUGGCAACAAAAUUGGCACCUUGACCUCUUACGGUGCCACGGCAAUAUUCACAUGUAACACUGGCUACACACUGGCGGGGUCACAUGUGAGGGAGUGUGGGGCUAACGGCCUGUGGAGCGGAGUGGAAACAAAGUGUCUUGCUGGUCACUGUGGUUCUCCUGACCCAAUCACAAAUGGCCACAUCAGUGGAGAUGGGUUUAGUUACCGGGACACUGUUGUCUACCAAUGCAACUUGGGUUUUCGACUGAUCGGCACUUCAGUUAGAAUUUGCCAACAGGAUCAUAAAUGGUCAGGACAUGCUCCAGUUUGUGUCCCCAUUACAUGUGGCCAUCCUGGCAAUCCAGCGCAUGGUCGAACCAACGGGAGCGAGUUCAAUCUCAACGACAUAGUCAACUUCACUUGCAACACGGGUUAUCUUUUGCAUGGUGCUUUGAGAGCACAGUGCAGGGUAAAUGGACAAUGGAGCAAUCCUCUCCCAGUUUGCCGAGUGGUAAACUGCUCGGAUCCAGGCUUUGUGGAGAAUGCCAUUCGUCACUCUCAGCAGCGCUACCCAGAGAGCUUCAGCUACAGAACCAGUGUGAUGUAUCACUGCAAGAGGGGCUUCUAUCUGCUGGGUUCAUCAGUUCUUACCUGUCAGUCAAAUGGUUUCUGGGACAGAUCACUUCCUAAGUGCCUUUCUAUUUCCUGCGGCGAUCCUGGCACACCACCUAAUGCUGUCAUGUCAGGGAGAAAGUUCACCAAUGGAGCUGUGGUGUAUUACUCCUGUGGCCAGGGCCGAACUCUGAUUGGGAACGCUACCCGCUUCUGCCAGGAGGACGGGCGCUGGAGUGGGUCACCACCUUAUUGUUCAGGGGGAAGCCCUGGAUACUGCGGUGACCCUGGCAUCCCUCCUCAUGGCUCUAGACUAGGGGAGGAGUUCAAACUGAAGAGUCUUCUGAGGUUCACGUGUGAAGCAGGCUACACACUCAUUGGGUCUGCGGAGCGCACCUGCCUCCUCAAUGGCUCCUGGAGUGGGACGCAACCAGUGUGUGAAGCUGUGUCCUGUGGAAACCCUGGAACUCCAGCUUAUGGGAAGAUCAUCUUCAGUGAUGGAAUCCUUUUCUCUAACUCUGUGACGUAUGCCUGUUGGGAGGGGUACAAGACAUCUGGCCUCACCACUCGGCACUGCACCACCAAUGGGACCUGGACUGGAUCCUCCCCAGACUGCACAGUGAUCAGCUGUGGGGAUCCAGGUCCAAUUGCAAAUGGAAUUUACAUGGGAAAUGAAUUGACAUUCAACAAGACUGUCCAAUAUCACUGCAACCCCGGCCACAUCAUGGAACCUGCUGGGUCACUGACUUUACUCUGCACCAAAGAUGGGACAUGGAAUCAAAGCAAGCCCAGCUGCAGAGCGAUCAUGUGCAGCCAACCCCCAACCAUCAGCUAUGGGAAAGUGGAGGGUUCAGACUUCCAGUGGGGCUCCAGUGUGACCUACAGCUGCUUCGAGGGGUACCAGCUGUCCUUACCUGGCAUAGCCACGUGUGAGGGCAAUGGCACGUGGCGGGGCGAGAUCCCACAGUGUCUACCCAUACUGUGUGGGGACCCUGGAACACCAGCAGAGGGCCAUGCAGAGGGAAAACAGUUCACCUACAGGUCAGAGGUCACAUUUCAUUGCAGGGCCUCAUACAUUCUGGUGGGAUCAUCGAGGAGAGUGUGCCAGGCAGAUGGUACCUGGAGUGGGAUCCAGCCCUCUUGUAUAGAUCCUGCAUAUAAUGUGUGUAGAGAUCCUGGGACUCCAGCCUAUGGGAUACCUGUGCAAGCUCAAGGAUACGAGGUGGGAAGCAAAAUCUUCUUUAAAUGCCGGAAAAACUACCAUAUAUUGGGAUCUACAACAAGAACAUGCCUUGAAAAUUUAACAUGGAGUGGGAUACAACCAGAAUGCAUAUCUCAUACUUGCAGACAGCCAGAGACACCCUCUCACAUUGACGUGAAAGCUAUAGAUCUCCCUACUCUGGGAUAUACGCUGAUGUAUACAUGUCAAGCUGGAUUUUUUCUGGCUGGGGGAUCGGAGCACAGGACAUGCAAGUCAGAUGGAAAAUGGUCUGGAAAACCACCCAUCUGCAAAGUUGGGCCCAAAAUAAAUGACAAAACAAAAGGAGCUGAUUCUGACGUGCAGAAAAAUAAGAUACAUGUUCCUGCAGAUGUGUUUUCUUUAAACUCUGCCUGGACUGGUUUCUAUGAAUACUUGGGGAAAAGGCAGGCUGCCACCAUAACUGUCAAUGGAUUCAAUGCGACAGCCAGUAAAGUCAAUGUCACACUUUUGGAGCACAGUGGUGUCCAAAUUAAGCUGUCAGGGACAUAUAAAAAAGAGGAAAAUCAUUUACUGCUAAAGGUGUACCAGAUCAGAGGUCCUGUUGCAGUUUCUUUCAGUAAAUUUAAAAAUGACAAUUGGGCAAUGGAUGGAUAUGUAACAGCAGAGUCUGACAAGAAUACUUUUGUGUAUCAAGGUUUUAUCCAUGGCAAGGAUUUUGGAAAAUUUCUGUUAACAAGACAAGGUCUUAUAACAACAGAUAUGGAUCCUUCACAUCCAUACUAUGGCACAAAUAGCAGUUCGGUGGCAGCUGCCAUACUAGUGCCAUUCUUUGCUCUAAUUUUAUCAGGGUUUGCCUUUUACCUCUAUAAACACAGGGUACUUUCACAAGACACAGAUGACAGUGAGAGACCCAAAGACGUAAUCAGGGCCGGCUGCAGAACAAGACCAAAAGUACAGUUCAACGGCUAUGCGGGUCACGAGAAUACAAAUGGACAAGCUUCAUUUGAGAAUCCUAUGUAUGACACAAACAUGAAACCGACAGAGGCAAAAGCUGUAAGAUUUGAUACAACUCUGAACACAGUCUGCACAGUAGUAUAGCCUUUAUCGUCUGCAUUUGACUGGUUUACAGCCAUACCUCUUGGGUAAGCAGUAACUCCUUUGGUGCCAUAUGCUCCUUUGUGACACUUUGCUUUACUACUAUAGUGUAUUCACUUUAUACAAACUGCUCUGUGGAGAUGUGGAGAUAAAACGAUCAAUGAUAAAAACUGAAGACCAUUUUUAUGGAUAUACUUUAAAAAAGACUUUCCAUGGAGUAAAGAUCAAGA